AUUUAUUUGCGAUUUCUCGACUAUCAAAUGGAGCAUUCAAAUGAAUGCAAAAGAAACUUUGUUGCUGUAUAUGAUGGAAGUAGUUCUAUUGAAAACCUGAAGGCAAAGUUCUGCAGCACUGUAGCAAAUGAUGUCAUGCUGCAGACUGGGACAGGUGUGGUACGAAUGUGGGCAGAUGAAGGCAGUAGACUAAGCAGAUUCAGAAUGCUGUUCACUUCAUUUGUGGACCCUCCCUGCUCAGGCAACACUUAUUUCUGCCAUAGCAACAUGUGCAUCAAUAAUUCUUUAGUCUGCAAUGGCAUUCAAAACUGUGCAUACCCUUGGGAUGAGAAUCACUGCAGAGAAAAGAAAAAAACUGGAUUGUUUGAACAAAUCACCAAAACUCAUGGAACAAUAAUUGGCAUCACAUCAGGGAUAGUUUUAGUUCUUCUCAUCAUUUCAAUUCUAGUACAAGUAAAGCAACCUCGCAAAAAGGUUAUGGCUUGCAAGACUGCUUUCAAUAAAACUGGUUUCCAGGAAGUGUUUGAUCCUCCACACUAUGAACUAUUUUCACUAAGGGACAAAGAAAUUUCUGCAGAUUUGGCAGAUUUAUCAGAAGAACUUGAAAACUAUCAGAAAAUGAGACGCCCUUCAACAGCUUCCAGAUGCAUUCAUGACCACCACUGUGGCUCCCAGGCCUCUAAUCUAAAACAAAGCAGGACAAACCUCAGCUCCAUGGAACUUCCCUUUCGCAAUGAUUUUGCGCAGCCUCAGCCAAUGAAAACAUUCAAUAGCACAUUCAAGAAAAGUAGUUACACUUUCAAACAAGCUCAUGACUGCCCUGAGCAAGUCAUAGAAGACAGGGUGAUGGAGGAGAUUCCAUGUGAAAUCUAUGUUAGAGGAAGAGAAGAUACGGCACAAGGUUCAUUAUCUAUUGACUUUUAAUUUCCUAGUGAAGGUGUUAUCAGUGUAUAUAUGAGAUGCUUGUGCACAAUGACAAUGUAUAUAUUAAAAGUGUACUGUAUGC